UUUAAUAGUAAUAAAAAAUAAGCAUAAAUAAAUCCCGGAAGAGAAUGUAACACACUCCACUCUGCGACAGUCUGCAGUUUGUCUUGUUUACUAUUUUCUCUCUCUCUCUCUCUGUCAGAUGCGUUUUAAUGUUGUGCUACAACCGCCUCUAAAAUAGACUAUAUAUCACAUUGGAUUUGUAGAAGUCCCGUUUCUUGCGUUUUGAGUGGCGAAACAUGAGUCAAGAAGAGUUCUUGAAGAUCCAGACUUGUGUUCUCAAAGUCCAUAUACACUGUGAUGGGUGUAAACAAAAAGUGAAGAAAAUCUUGAAGAAAAUCGAUGGCGUUUACACCACGAAAGUAGAAUCCGAGCAGGGUAAGGUUACCGUUUCCGGAAAUGUGGACGCCGGCACGCUCAUCAAGAAGCUUUCCAAAAAAGGAAAGCAUGCCGAAAUCUGGGGCUCCCCCAAACCUAACAACAACAACAACAACAACGCCAGUCCAUCCAAGAAUGCCAAUCCCAAAGAUGCCAAUAACAAGGUCCAGCCGCCUCCGCCUCCGCCUAAGGACAGCGGUGGCAACAAAGGAGGGCUGCCGCAGGGGUUGACGCCGCAGCAAAUUAAAGGGUUUCAAGAUCUGAAGCUGGGCCCGCAGUUUAUGAAUGAUGUGAAGCUGCCCCCGCUCAACGCCAACCCCAACCCCGGCAACCAGAAGGCGAUGAAGCCGAGCUUGCCGGAGGAUGAGGGACUGAGCGAUGAUGAGUUCGACGAUGAAGAUGAAGAUUACGAUGAAGACGAGGAUGAUGAAGAUCUGGAUGAUGCAGCGACAAGGACGCCGCCGCAAAGACCUAACAUGAUGAUGCCACAGAUGAAGAAGAAGGCCGCCAAUGCUGGUGGAAAUGGGAAGAACAAAGAAGGCGGCGGCGGUGCAGGUGGUGGGACUAUACCUAUUCAAAGGAUGAAUCACGGUGGGGCUGGGAAAAAAGGUGGAAAUCAAAAUCAAGGGAAGGAUGGCAAAAAAGGUGGCGGUGGGGCUGCAAAUACACACAAUUUCAUACCUAAUAAAGGGGGUGGAAAUGAUGUAGGCCCUAUGGGAAAUAUGCCAAUGCCCAAAUUACCACCAAUGGCAAAUCUGGCUGCUGUUAAUGGCGGCGGUGCUGGCUCAGGCUACUUCCAAGGUGGACCUCCUGGGCCGAAUCAAAUGGGUGAGAACCAUCUCUAUCAACAGCAGGUGGCGCCAAUGAUGAUGAACCAGCAGCGCGCCGCGGGCAAAGAGGGGUUCCAGCCGAUGAUGUAUGCUCCGCUGCCACCGGAUGUGAAUUACAUGCCACCCUAUCCUCCUUACCCUUACCCAGCGCCCCCGGGCGUGCUGGUCGAUCAGUUCUCGAUGUUCAACGACGAGAACACCUCCAGCUGUUCCGUGAUGUGAGCCGAAUUCUAGUCACUUGAUGAUGAUGAUGGCUUGAUGCCAUCAUACUAUACCUAGACAUGGUUUUACAUUGAUUUUAAUUUUGAGUUGAUGAUACUCCAAAACAGAAAUAAAAUCAUAGAGAAUGAGGUUUUAGAACCCCAUCUCUCUGACCUUGUUUUUUUUUUAAUUCUACAUAUGAAUUUACCAUGGGAUGUUGGAAUUGAAGUUUGGGAGGAUUUUCUCCUUUAUUAUUA